AUGGCGGACGAAGACAAAUGGGGUUUUCCGAUUUCGUGCGCGGCAGAUGCCAUGGGAGGGACGGCUCAACCCUCAAAGGGAGCCGAGAAAGACGAAUGGGGCUUCCCCAUCAAACCCAACAAGGCCGCAAUAACACCGCCCAAGAUACCACAAGCCGUCGCCGAUGAAGAUGAAUGGCGAUUUGAUGGCGAGGCGAAGCCGGAGGGUAAUACAAGUCGCAAGACAACUGGGUUCGCGAAAGAGGAGGACGGGGACUUUCCCACCACCAACGCGACACAAACGUCGGGCGAAGAUACGUCGGAUUUACUGAAGAAGUGGGGAUUCGAAGAUGGGGAAGAGCUCAAGACUCCAAAAAUUGCCCUAGAAGGCAGAUCAUCUUACACCAAUGCUGUGGGAUCUCUCUUCGAAGGCUGGAAAACAGCUACAAGGUCCGGAAAGCAGGGCACAUCACUCUCAACCUUCACAACCAUCCUCUCCAACCUUGACAUCUGGGGUCCACAGCAUCUUCUAGUUUCAAAUCUAAGGGACAUGGCUUUUGAAAUUGGCCAAGGCACGCAAUUUACUGUCUUUCGCGACCGGCAAUCUGCUGAAGCAGACGACGCUUCAGGGAAGAUUGUAGAAGGGAAGGGGAUGGUCAUCAAAAGGGUGCGGAUAUCGAAAGCCGCUUUGAAGAGCCAGAAAGAUCUCGCGGCGAAUGAGCAGUAUUUACAGACUUUGCGACAUCUCGAGCUCGAGGUUUUAAGCUUGGGCUUGCUGCGUCAUCGCAAUAUCGUCAGACUCUUGAGUUGGGGAUAUGACUAUGAAGAUCGCUAUACGCCGAUACCCGUCCUGUUCAUGGAAGCGGCUCUAGCUCCAUUGACUACCUUUUUGCAGGCCGAGAAAGGUGGAGAAGGUGUUUUGGCAAGCGCUGGAAAUAAGAAGUGGGACAUCAAGUACCACCUCGCUCUCGAUGUUGCCGCGGGUCUUGAAGCGAUCCACAGUUUCAAUAUCAUUCACGGAGAUAUUAAACCGGACAACGUUCUAGUCUUCGGGACUGAGGACCCAAAGGUACCCUACGUGGCGAAGCUGAGCGAUUUCGGCGUUUGUGUGGAUAUGCGGAGUCAAGAGCAACUCAUCACAGCUGAGACAUACCUUGGGACAGAGGUGUGGACUGGAAGCGAAGUGGGAAUUGGACAAUGGAACGAUGCGGUCCAUGGCGAGUUUCACCCAGAUCUGCUGAAGCGAUGCGACUCCUACAGCUUUGGUCUUCUGCUCCUCUCCAUAUUCGGCACAUACGGCGACCCGCCUUUGAUCACUAAGGAGACUGGACCGGACAGGGCGUUCGGACUCUUCAUGGAGAUCCAGGAAGUAAUUGAAAAUGCAAAAGGAUGCCCGCAGGAUCUUGUCCAGAAGUUAAGGGAAGCGACCAAAAAACUGCUCGCUAUCAAGCCGGCCGAUCGACCUUUACCAUCACCCCUGCUUUUGCAAACGGAGCUUCCAAGUUACGCCGAGUUUCUUCGACUCACUGCGCUGUCUGCACAAGAGAGUCGGAGCGUGCGAAGCAGGGGUCACGCAUACUGGUUUGCACUGGAUAUGAACUUACUUAAAUCUCUUGACCAACAAUACGCCCAAGCGGAAGAGAGCGGCAAAGGGAACUCGUUCUCCCCGGAAACACUCUUUGGUAUGGCAGAGGCCUGCGCGAAUCAACCAAUCGAUGACUGGGUAGCCAAGGUGCUCAAGUAUGUGCGUGCGGCAGCGCUCCGCGGGUACACUCCAGCAAAGGCUGUCUGCGCCAAAGUUUUCGAGGCUUUAGGGAAGGAAUUGGAGAUCGACGAAGCGACACUGCAGGAAUGGACAAAGACUGCUGUAUCAGACGGGUAUCUCUUCGCGCAUCAUCUAUUCAUUGAUAGUACAUUGUACGCAGACGAGUGGAGAACAUUCCGCAAGAACGGUGGAUACUGUGCGGAUGCCUUCUUGAGCAUGUCGAAAGUCCUAGGCGUGGCGAAAGACAGCGAAAGGCUGAAAACGUGGCUCGCGGAUAAUACCAUCGACACCGCCGUAGAUUCGACUGGCAACACAAUGGUACACGUCUGUGCUGCACUCGGACAGACGAGAAUGCUCGAGAUUCUCUUACCAAGAUGCAGUCUUGAGCUUCAGAACGGAAAUGGAGAGACACCCUUGUACAAAGCAUGCCAGGCCGGCCAGGCAGAAGCAGUCCGAGUGCUCUUGGACUACGGUCACAGGGCCACUCCCACGAAAGGCACAGACAUCUCACCAUUACACUGGCUCUUUGUUUUCGCGGACGAAGACAUACCUGCCGUGGCCACCGCUCUGGUAAAGCAGGGGGGUGCCGACGUCAAUCAUAUGAUGAAACCCCCUCGGCCAAACAACCGACCAGAGCGGUUGCAGAUAAGACAUUUCCCCUUUGAGCUUCCCCUUGGCACGCCAUUUCACUGGGCAGCCUUCGCACGCAAGCGGAAAGCAAUGGAGACUUUGUUGGAGAUCGGAGCCGACAUUAAUGCAACUUACGAUAAUGGUAGCCACCGGACCACACCGCUCGCUCUUGCAGUCUUUACCGGAGAUGUUCCUGUCGUUAGAUUUCUUCUCGAGAACGGUGCGCAUGCGUCUGUGCCCAAUAAGGAAGGGGAAACCCUUUUACAUCUUAUGAGCUACGGUGCUGGGAAUGAAGAGGGCUUGUCCGCCAGGAAAUGGGAUAGCUGGAUCAGGCAUGGUAGCUGGGAGAAACGCCUUCAGGCUAGCAAAGAGAUUGUGGAGCUAUUGACGAAGCUGGGCAUGGAUAUUGAAGGAAAGACUACAACAUACGGCAAUUACACGCCCCUGUAUACUGCAUCUGACACAUUUUUCCGCAAAGAACAUGUUGUCUGGGCCUUGGUCGACGCCGGGGCAAACACUGCCGUCACAAAUCGCGUGGGGGAAAAUCCGUUGCAUCGCUGGUCUGAGAUGGUACAGGGAGACCUCCAGUAUCCGCACGUGUACCAGGACCUCUUGCGUCACCUAAUCAGACAUACGAAAGAUCUUAACACCAAAGGCGGGUCGCUCGAAGAGACAGCGUUACACAUGAUCCAACUGCAGCGGAUACCGACCAAGGAGCUUCUAGAGCAGAUGGCGCUCUUCUUUGAGGAUCCCGAUCACAGCGCGGAUGUUAACUCGCGAAAUCGAUACGGAUAUACAGCGUUAUCGAAUACGUGUAUGAGUUUAGAAGCAGAAGGCCUGCAAGAGCGUAUCGCCUUCCUUCUUCAACACGGUGCGAGGCCGGACAUUAUGAACAACUUUGAGGAGAAUGUCAUUCAGGCUGUCGUGGGCACCUACAGUCUCAUGGACAGGGACUCCUUCGAGGCAUUGAAGCUUCUACUAGGCCACCAAACGUUCACGCCUGUGACACUGCAAUCCUUCAUCAACGAAACCAACCUCAAAGCACUGGCGAACUGCGCGAUCCACGGGCGUUUUCAGACGCUAUCGUACCUACUUGAUCUUGGUUUCAAGGAACGUCUCAACGAAAUCGUAGAGAUCGAAGGCAACAAAACGACCGUAUUAGACCAAGCAUUCUUCGCGGCAGAUGUUGCGCGCUUGACCUACAUCCAGUACGCAAGCGAGUUGCUUACAGAGGAGGAGGUUCUGGAGGCAGACAAGAACAACCAACUCUACACUACCAACGCUGGAAUUCGCGGUACAUAUGGCGGUGCAUCCGCACUUCGGGCUCGGGAAUCAUACUGGGCAUUUCCGAAGAUCCUUGCGCUUCUGAAAUCGCAGGGUGCGAGACGUGUGGAGCAGAAAGGUCGAAGAGGACCCACGUGGACCGACUGUAUACAAUUGCCCAGGUUUGGAAUGAAGAAGGAGACGCAGCCGAAUCGUGAAUACUGGACGUCUUUGUAUGAUUUCGAGGAGUUGCAGGAGGGAUGGGAAGAAAGCGCAUGGGAGUCGUUUAAGGAGAGUAACCCGGGGUAUUUUAGGGAAGAUGGGUUUGAUGUGCCGGUCAUGGUGUUUGAACAGUGGCCGGCAAUUGCCGAGAUGUUGCCCGGGAGGGACGGGUGGUAUAGGGGAAUUCUGAGGGGUGGAAGGAAAGUUGAGGUUCAAAUGGGAGAUGGGAAGAUACAGGCGUUGAGGGACAUGAAGGGUAGGCCACUGGGUGUGCAUGAACGCUGAAGGGACGAAAGGUCUAUGCCUAAAAUCUGAUUUCUAGACCUUGAGAUUUUCUUGUCUCAACGACUCGUGGCUUGCCCAACGAUCAUAAACUAGGUACAGAGCCUCGUGACUGCUUGGGGGCAAUCUGUCACUUCUCUCAAUACAGAGGCUUCCGCAGC